GCUCCUUUCCAGCCAGAGCCACUGCCUUGCCCCCAGGAGACCGAAGACAUGGCACCCAAGAAGGCCAGGAGAAGGGCGGCAGCAGAGGGCGGAAGCUCCAGUGUCUUCUCCAUGUUCGACCAGACUCAGAUCCAAGAGUUCAAGGAGGCCUUCACGGUAAUCGACCAGAACCGUGAUGGCAUUAUCGACAAGGAAGAUCUGCGGGACACCUUCGCAGCCAUGGGGCGCCUCAAUGUGAAGAAUGAGGAGCUAGAUGCCAUGAUGAAGGAAGCCAGUGGUCCCAUCAACUUCACCGUCUUCCUGACCAUGUUUGGAGAGAAGCUUAAAGGUGCUGAUCCUGAGGACGUGAUCACUGGAGCCUUCAAGGUCCUGGAUCAUGAGGGGAAGGGCACCAUCAAGAAGCAGUUCCUGGAGGAGCUGCUUACCACGCAGUGCGACCGCUUCUCCCCGGAAGAGAUCAGGAACAUGUGGGCAGCGUUCCCCCCCGACGUGGGAGGCAAUGUAGACUACAAGAACAUCUGCUACGUCAUCACGCAUGGCGACGCCAAGGACCAGGAGUAGGGGACCCUCUUAGGCUUCUGCUGGCCAAUGCCUCCUGCCAGUCCGACCCCCCACCCCGACUCCUAAUAAAACUCAACUGGUCUUUGUUUCUUAG